CCAUUUUUCGUUGCCACCGGGAAGAUGGGACCUUCACUUCCUCUUACGGGUUCCUUAUAUCUAUGAAACUCAGAAUUCUUUCAUGUGUUUACUUUUAUUGAAAAUUGUUACUCAUUUGUGAAAACAGCUUAAAAUAAAAAUGACAUCAUUAAACCCAGUACGUGUUUUGAAAGGAGACACAGAAGAAGAAAAAAGAGAAGAUGCCAGAUUAUCAUGCAUCUUUGGAUCAAUUGCAAUUGGUGAUCUUCUAAAAACAACUUUAGGUCCCAAAGGAAUGGAUAAAAUUCUUGUUUCGGAUUCAAAAAGAAUGGGAAGUACUAUUGAACUAACCAAUGAUGGUGCUACAAUUCUUAGAUCAAUUGGUGUUGAUAACCCAGCUGCAAAAAUCUUAGUUGAAAUGUCAAAGGUUCAAGAUAACGAGGUGGGGGAUGGUACAACAACAGUUACUGUUCUUGCUUCGGAACUUCUAAAAGAAGCGGAUAAAUUGAUAACCGUAAGACUUCAUCCACAAACUAUAAUAUCUGGAUGGAGAAAAGCAGCUAAAGAAGCAAAAUCUGCUAUGACUAAUUUUACAUAUGAUAGAAGUGCUGAUGCUGAACAAUUUGAUCAAGAUCUAAUGAACAUUGCUCGUACGACUUUGAGCUCAAAGAUUCUAAAUAAACACAAAGAUUUCUUUGCUAAGAUUGCAAUUGCUGCUGUCAAACGAUUAAAUAAAUCUACUGAUUUGAAAGCUAUUCAGUUCAUUAAAAAACUUGGUGGAACUUUGACAGAUUCAUUUUUGGAUGAUGGCUUUCUUUUGGAUAAAAAACCUGGUGUUGGUCAACCUAAAGUUGUAGAAAAUGCAAGAAUCCUCAUAGCUAAUACACCUAUGGAUGCUGAUAAAGUUAAAGUUUUUGGUUCACGAAUCACUUUGGACUCAGUGGCUAAGUUAGGAGAAAUGGAAUUAAUAGAAAAUGAAAAAAUGAAGGCAAAGGUUGAUGCCUUUUUGAAACAUAACAUAAAUGUAUUUAUAAAUAGGCAGUUGAUUUAUAAUUAUCCUGAACAACUGUUUGCUGAUGCUGGUGUAAUGGCAAUUGAGCAUGCUGAUUUUGAUGGUGUUGAAAGAUUAGCUCUUGUUACAGGUAGUGAAAUUGUGUCUGAUAUUGAAAGAUGUGAAACUGUCAAGCUUGGAACUUGUGGUAAAAUCGAAGAAAUAAUGCUUGGAGAAGACCAUGUACUUAAAUUUUCUGGACUUCCUGUGAGUGAAUCUUGCACUAUUGUUCUAAGAGGAGCCACAGAACAAAUUUUAAAUGAAGCAGAGCGGGCUCUGCAUGAUGUCCUUUGUGUGUUAGUCACUACAAUCAGUGAAAGAUUAAUUGUACUUGGAGGUGGCUGCACUGAAAUGAUUAUGGCCAGGCAUGUAAAUGCUUUAGCUGCUCAAACUCCUGGAAAAGAAUCCUUAGCUAUGGAGGCCUAUGCUAGGGCUCUAUUACAGAUUCCAAUAAUUUUGGCUGACAAUGGAGGUUACGAUAGUGCUCAGCUUGUUUCUGAACUGCGUUCUGCCCAAUCAGAAGGAAAAACUACUUAUGGUCUAAAUAUGCAAGAAGGAAAGAUUGAUGAUAUGUUUAAAUUAGGUAUAAUUGAACCCUAUAAAGUGAAAUGUCAAGUCCUUAGUGGAGCAACAGAAGCUGCUGAAAUGAUCUUGAGAGUGGAUGGCAUUAUUAAGUCUGCCCCUAGAAGACGUGCUCCAGAUGAUAGGCACUGCUAAAAUGAAUAAGAGCUUGUUUAAAUGACAAAUUAACCAGGAACUUUUCUUUUUAUAUUGGGUUAUUAAUAAAUUUUGCUAUAUUUAUCAUUUGUUGCCAUCUGCUUGUACUACCAUCACUCUGUAUGAUUAACAUUACUCUCCACAAAUAAAAUUACUUUCUAUCAGA